AUGUACGACCUCCAACAACCCAGCAUCAACUUCUUCAACGCCUCGUUAAGCCUACACCGCCUAAUCGGCAAAGCCAUCAGCCAACUCUACGACCAAAAUCUCGGCUAUGACGACCUGCUCUCCGAACCAGAGUCCAUCCCUCGCAUUAUUGGGAUGGACCAGGAAAUGGACAACUGGCGCUCCGCUCUCACCUCAGAACUAGCCGUCGUGUGGUCGCACGACCUACCUGCCUCUGGCUCCUACCACGAUCGCACGCUCGGUCGUUUUAGGGUUAUGCUGACGUUACGAUUCCACAACUUGUCUAUCCUGGUCCACAGGCCUCUGCUCUGCAAAGCGCUCGACCAGCUCUCCAAAUCUACAGGCGACGCCGUGAUAAGCAUGGUCUCCGAAAUGACCAACCGCUCCAUCUCCAUCUGUCUCCGCAGCGCCGAAGAAACCAUCGACAUCGUGCACGGCGUCGUCAUCGAUCCCGACCGCAGCUGGCCGAUGCUUGGAGCGUGGUGGUUCACUGUCUACUACCUCUUCAACGCCGCCCUAGUCGUCUUCUCCAACGCCCUCAUCCAACGCGCCCUCCCUUCUCGUCAAGACGCCUCGCCGGCCCAGAACCUGGACCACCUCAACCGCGCUAUCGCGGCUUUUCGCCUGCUGGACCGCAACAAUCGCGUCGUGGAGCGGUGUACGGAGUACAUCGAGUACCUGGCGCUCGUCAUGGAAAGGCAACUUGCUGUUAAGCCUUGGCUUCAGCAGCAACAGCAACAGCAGCAAAGUGCUGCUGGGGAGGUGGGUCAGGCUGUUGAUGCGCUGGGUGGGGAUGUGUACGCUGGACUACCGGACUUGAAUGACUUUUUGAAGGAUGAGAUGGAGCUGGCGCAGUUUUUCGCGAGUGGGAUCUUUGAUGUGCAGAAUUCUUAUGAUGGUUUGGUUGGGGGGUUUCAAUAA